AGAACAGGGAAGAAGGGAGUCAGUCGUAUGAACGUCCACCAUGAAAAACCUCCUGCUGACCUGGACAUGGGUUUUUAUCUAUUUACUCCACACUAAUGAAGCCAUCAUGGGGGCUUCUGUAGUCUAUGUGCCUGAGGAGCACUUCCUGUUCCUGGCGUGCAGACGUGGUUCAGAUGUGGAGUGGACACAUGAAAUCGUGAAGAUCAAUGCCACUAAACACAUGAGCAGAGAGUCUCCGCUGGACCGGACCAAAUACCAGCUCCUCCCAGACGGAACGCUCUACAUCAGACAGCUGGAGAAGUCGGACCGUGGACGGUACUACUGCAACGGCCGGCUGGUGGCGGAGGUCAUCAUACUCACGGGUGACAGCUUCGUGGUUUAUGAGGGCAGUACUCUGUACCUGCCUUGUUCGUUCUCUGGGAAGCCCAAGCAGAGAUGGGCCUAUAAACACACAGCAGCCUCAAAGCGAGAGUACAUCUCCACCAAGUUUAGGAACGGGACAGUGAAGCAGGAGAGAGAAGAUCCAGACAGCAGGUUCUUUCACACGUACAACCACCUGAACAUCGACAACCUGCAGCUGUCUGACUCCGGCAUCUACCUGUGCAACGGCCACGAGGUCGCUUCUGUUAUGGUCAUCCAAACAGAGAGUGAAACAUUCCAGACCACUACAACAGAUUCUACAGAAGUAGAAAAUAACGUCCCCCAAAUGCCUGAAAAUGCGAUGCUGGUUCUUUUCCUGGCGUUCACUGUGCUGGCCGUGGUUGUGGUCACUCUGCUCUCUGUCAUUCUCUGUCUGAAGUUUAGAAGCAGAAGAAAAGAUCCAGCACCCAGGCAGGAGGAGACUGAGCUGCAGCUGAAGAAGACUUCAGGUCGAGUUCUAGCAGGUCCGAAAAAGAGCCCCAGUGAUGAGGAACAUUCUGUGCCUCUGACAAACCACUGUGAGAUCCAGUACGCGUCACUGGGACGGCAGAACUGGAGAGCCAGAGGAUGGACACAGAACAGUGGGCAGCAGGUCAUCUACUCCACACUGCUGCAUGGUCCAGCCAGCCCUCUACCCAACUCAUCAAUUACUCAUAGACUCUAGAUCCAACCAGCUCUCUACCAAACACAUCAAUUACUCAGAGACUCCAGAUCCAACCAGCUCUCUAUCAAACAGAUCAA